ACUCGUGGAAACUAAAAGCUGCAGUGAACGGAAAAUGUUAUAUUGGCUUAGAAGAGAAUGUGUAGCUUAGCUGUAUGCUAAUUACAGCUUUACAGGCUUUACAGUAGGACGCGUUGCAUAAUGUAGCCGUCUGAAGAAAGACACUAUUGAUAAAUAUAUCUCUUUGAGAAAACUGUCAGCAGAAGAAGUGUAUAGUACCGCGCUUAUUCGGUCAGAUGCGGAUUUAGCUUACCUAGCUAGCAGGCUAGCGGGACAACCAUUGAGAGAUACCCCACCACCCAAAGAAUCCGAUUAAAGCCGUUAUAUCAGAUCGGAUUGAUUGGAUACCCGGUGUAAUAAACGCACAUAAGUCAAGCAGCACCGUGUGAAGGGUGUGUCGAACUGACAGAUACCACCGUUUACAGCCUGUUGUUUGCUUCACAACGGCAUUCUGAAAGGAGCAUCGUUGAAAGAAGAGCAGUGAUGUGUUAACCUGUUGGACCUAUUUCCUCUUUCACUGGAUUACUCAUACUCUCUGGAGAAGCAAAUGCACGUAACUGUAAGCAUGGCUCAGGUUGCAUGCUUGAGACGGCAACCUUCACAGGCUCUUAUGUAAUACACGCCUUGGAACAAACGGCACACAAGGAAAUCCCACAAGUCUCCCAGCGGAAAGCUGGGCUUUGUUUGUCCUUUGUACUUGGUCUCUCGUUCUCAUAUGAGCAUUUUGGGGUUGUCUGCAGCUUUGUAGUUUUCAUUUUACAGUCACUCUACUGAUCUUAAUGAGCACUUGGGAGUUUCUGGGGCACGCUCUGUUUUAGUAUUUCGUGUGAGCUUUUGCAUUUUGAGGCAACACAGUGCCUCAGAGAAUCUUUGUACUUUUUUUUUUUUUUUUAUCAUUGUCAUUGUAGAUGCUUAUGUUAUUGUCAGUAGAUUUAGGCAGGAGCCUGGCUUGCUUUUUUGCCUACAUCCUGCUGGUUGGUUGUGAGGACUACAGCUAGACUGGUCCAUCACUGCCUUUGGCCUUUUGGCCUAGAAGCAGAAUGCUUCGACUUGGUACAGAGAGACUCAAGCAAAUCCAGCAUAGCGAAGUGCAAUAUCCCACAUGCUGAACGAAAUCAAAAGAGACACUUCUAUGUUUCCUGAGCUGGCAGAAAGAGCAACAGCUGGAAACAAUUUCUGUGCCAUCCUCACAACACUCUCUACAUCUCUUUAAACAAACAUAAAAAAGCAAAACGGAAAACACUAAAGCUGUCACUGCCCUGGUGUUUUGCUUUCUCACCAUAUUUUACCUCCCUUAUCAGUUUUGAUUUACUUUCGUAAACCUUUCAUCAGGCUGGUUUCUGUUUUACACAGAGAUUUUUGAAAGCUUUUAUCAAUACCCGGAGUCCAAACUACCUUAUUUCGAAGUAAAACCUUAAUGCAUUAACUACAAAAUCCAUGUCCUAAACAUUUUAUCCUCUACCUCUUUUAAGUUGUAAAACCAAAAGUUGAAAAUACCGCCACUCAUUUAUGGUUAUUAAAGUUCAGCCACAGGGAACACUAAUUCAUCAUUUAAGUGCUUUUUCUCAUUGCUUUUAUGUUGCUUUUACCAAAAAACCUUUAGCCAUAUACUUGUGUUAUUGGAUUGUUUUUGUUUGGUUUUUUAUCACUUGUAGCUGUUUUAAGUUGAAUGAUAUUUUAAAAACGACCAAAAUGGCUUUUUUAAACAAAAAUCAUUUGCAAAGAAGCCAAGAAAAUUAUUGAACUUAUCUCAGAGGCAUUCAUAAAAGCUUUUUUUCCUCCCUUUUGCUGGCCUAAAAGGGUCAGGAAACAGUUGAUGGCUGUGUCUCUGAUCAAGGCUGAGUGCUGUGUAGAGUGCUUUCGUGGAGUGCAGAAGUCCUGAUCUGUGCACUUUUUUAUUUUUUAUUUAUUUAUUUUAUUAAAUUCAUUGCUCAUUACGCUCAUUUCAUUUGACUCUUUCAGCUAUAACUAUGCAAACAAUCCGUCUUCUCUUUAUCUUGAGUCGAGGGGGAGAAGAACUGUUAUUCCUCCCAUAGCCUGUUUCCAAAACACACACACACACACACACUCCUUCAAAAGGGUGGUUUCUCAGUGACUGCUCCUCCUGGUGCACCCUGGGUAAUGCCGAGUAGCAGUAAGAGUGGGGGGUUGUCUGACCCCGCCUCCCCUCCCCACCCUACCGUACCGUCCCGCCCUUUUCGACCCAGCCGUUACGUACCGGUGUCUGCAGCAACAGCCUUCCUGGUGGGAGCAACUACACUCUUUUUCUGCUUCACGUGCCCAUGGCUUUCAGAGAAUUUUUCUGUUGCCAUACCAAUAUACAAUGGCAUCAUCUUCCUUUUUGUGUUGGCCAACUUCUGUAUGGCCACCUUCAUGGACCCAGGCAUCUUCCCGAGAGCCGAGGAAGAUGAGGAUAAGGAGGACGAUUUCCGAGCUCCGCUCUAUAAGACGGUGGAGAUUCGGGGCAUACAGGUGCGCAUGAAGUGGUGUUCAACCUGCCGGUUCUACAGACCCCCUCGCUGCUCACAUUGCUCAGUGUGUGACAACUGUGUGGAGGACUUUGAUCACCACUGUCCAUGGGUGAACAACUGUAUAGGCAGGAGGAACUACCGCUACUUCUUCCUGUUCCUGCUCUCUUUGACAACUCACAUCAUGGGUGUCUUUGGGUUUGGGCUGCUCUUCAUCCUGUACCACACACAGCAGCUUGACCGAGUGCACUCAGCAGUCACUAUGGGCGUUAUGUGUGUAGCAGGACUUUUCUUCAUCCCAGUAGCAGGCCUUACUGGUUUCCACAUUGUACUGGUAGCAAGAGGCAGAACCACUAAUGAGCAGGUAACAGGAAAGUUCAGAGGAGGUGUGAACCCCUUCACUAAUGGCUGUUGGAGAAAUGUGACGCGUGUUCUCUGCAGCUCCCAGGCACCCAGGUAUGUGGGCAGGAAGAGAAAAGCGCAAACGGUGUCGGUUCAGCCCCCAUUCUUGAGGCCACAACUCUCCGAGGCGCAGCUGGCAGCCAAGGUGCUUGACAACGGUAUCCAUGGAGAUCUCCACCGGUCCAAGAGUAGUUUAGAGAUGAUGGAGAGUCAGUCUGCUGAUGCUGAGCCACCUCCUCCUCCUAAACCAGAGCUUAGAUACCCUGGCCUGUCGAGAGGACCUGCUGAAGAGAGCAGCCUGUUAAAUAAAGCUCCACCAACUCCCACCAUGUACAAAUACCGACCUACAUACAGCAGCCCAGGGAAGAACCACACUGCUCUGACUCACGCCUAUGCCAACCAGAUGAGUCGUGGGGACAGUCUGAAGGAGUCCUCCUCCUCUCUCCUCCAGUCCAGUCAGCAGCCGGGUUUCCGCUCUGAGCCCAGUCUGGAUGGCCGUGAUGGAGGAGGAGGAGAGCGUUCGGGUGCUGAGCGACCCUCCGGAGGCCAAGGGGCACCGCCAGCCCCUGGAAUCUCUGCCUAUUCCUUCGGGGGUCGCUCUUACCCCUCCUUCUCCGACCCCACUGUGCUCUCCGGAGGUGGUUCUCGCUCCUCCAGUGUGCGCUCCACCACACACAAUGCGCCGCCCUCUGAAGCCUCCAGCUACAAGAGCUCAGCCAAUCAAACGCCUCCACCCCGCAACGGCAGCUUGUCCUACGACAGCCUUCUUACGCCCUCUGAAAGCCAGAAUUUUGAAUCCACAUCCCCGAACACACCGCUUGGCUACACUUCCCCGUUUCUGUCUGCACAGAUCGCCCAGCAGCGAGAGGAGGAGCUACACCAGCCCUCCUCUUCCUCCAGCUCUGCACUGCUUGCUUCACCUCACCGUGGCACCGCCUACCUGCGUGGCUCUGCCUCGCCUCCGCCACUACCUGACCGAGAACGUGAACGGCUGCUUCAUGAUGCACAGCCUCGCCAACACCAUCACCACCAUCACCAUCACCACCAGCAUCGACCGCCUCGCUUUUCUCGCCCCCCGCUCUUGUCUGAUUCAGGCCUGCCAAGGCCCUCUAACCCAUACCGCACACGCUCCACAGAUGCGCCACUGCCCCCUUCUACCCACCCACCACGCACAGGUCACCCACCUUUAGGCAAAUCUCUGUCUUACUCGAGUGCCGCAGCCGCUGAAAUGCAGUACCGCCUUGUGCGUAAAGCCUCCGCCUCCACCUCGGCUGGGGCAGGGGGCAUCCAGGCGCCCAAGGACGAGAUUCAGAUGAAAUCUUAUAGUCGGACAAAUGGGCAGCCUAAAUCACCUCUUCCUCAGUCCCCUUCUUCGACCCCCUCUUCCCCCUCUCAUCCAGUCAGUGUCUCCACACGACCAGGACACGCCUAUCCCAGUGUUGGCUCUUCUCAGAGCCCCGUCCACAAGCCUGGAGGUGGGGUGAAGAAGGUGACGGGUGUCGGAGGGACCACUUAUGAGAUAUCAGUUUGAGUGAUGGGCAGCCGUUUGACCAGUCCUGUGUCAACAGCUGAGCCAUGGACCUGCCUCCUCUACUGACUUAACGGUCAGAGUAGAGAUUCACUACACUGUUGGAAAUGUGUUGAACACAACAGACAUUUAUUACAAAAGCUGGAGUAAAUGAAGGGACUCCAGACCUGUGCUUUACUUUUAUACAUGGGGAAAGUUUGGGAAUGCUGACCCGCUGAUUUGAGGUCAGGUAAGACACUGUGGAGGAGGGGGAGGAGAGUUGCUUGUACAAUUCCUGGACUUCUUGACUUGCCAUUAACGAGGAGGUGUGACACUCGAGUUUGGCAGAUGACUGGACUGCCUUGAAAAAUCAAAUUAUGAAAAUGGUUGCUUUAUGUCAGCUGUGUAAAUCAUAAAUUGUAUGUUAUGUAUAGAAGGAAAAAAUGGUUCAGUUUUCCCAGGGUUUUUCUCCAAAUGGUUGGACAAUUUUACAGCAUAUUCCUGCUAUUUUGGACCACUGUGAUUGGCUCAUGACCAUUCUACUUCGGUGCAUUAACCAAUCGGAAGCGGAGAAGUAAUAGUAAUGAAAAUGGUCUAAAUUGUUUAUCGAGAUGAUCCUUUUCAAGAGAGUGUUUUUCAAGCAAUGGCCUUGGAAAUCAAUAAGAAAUGUUUUUAUUUAAUUUUUCAGUCUUAUUUUAUAUGAAUUUAUAAAUAGCUAUUGAUUAAGCAUUUCAGGCGUGAUUGAGUAGCGCAGGUUUUACGUAGGUUCUGUGGUCUGCAUGUUACAUAUGAAGAUCAGAGAAAAUCUCCUGGAAACACGCAUUACUCGAAUGCAGCCUGUGGUUUUUUUUUUUGGUUUGUUUUUUUUUUUUUUUUUUUUUACUAGGGCUGAUGAGAUUUGUAUCCAGUUUGGGUUUUUAAUCAAUCCAAUGGGUGGGGAGGGAGACUUGUCUAAUUUUGAAUGAUGGUUGCUACGACCGCUCGGCGGCUGGGCCUACGUCUCCAGGUUAAGACAAGCCUCAGAGUCAGCCAGGUGAAUCCUAUGUAGCAUCUUGAAUAUACACGGCACACAGGUGAGCACAUUUUGUGGGAUAUAUUUUCAGAGUUACCUUGUAAUGUCUGUCUGUGAGAUAAUGUCUGCUUUGGUUUAUCAAUUCCUAUUGAAGAGACUCUCUCUAGUGCCCUUGUCUAGCUGACUUCAGUAGAGAAGAGAGGUGGGAAACCAGUGCACUUGGAUUGGAGAAUGGUUGAACCAGUCAAUAAGUGACUGCUGUAGUUAUGAAUUAUAAAAUGCCUUUUUUUUUUAAUUUAAUUUUUACUUUUUAAAAAAAUAUAUAUUGUGGAUAUUUUGCAAGCUUUGUGUUUCAGUGAUUCCUCAAAAUGUUGGUGGCUUUGGAUUGAAAUGUAGAUCAUGUUUGUUCAAUUGGGUGGGGAUUUUUUUUUUUUUUUUGACAGCCACUAGUCAAUUCUAUAUGAGAGUUAAAAAAAAAAACAACACCGGGAAAUAUUUGCCAUCUGGAUCAGUAUGUUUAAUUAAGAAGGAAAAGGUGUACUGUAUAGCCGUGUGUGUGUGAGUGAAUGUGUGUCUGUGUGGGUGAAUAUGGUUGAGCAUUGUUAAUAAACACUUUAUAAACUA